CUUGCAGAGAGUCCAUAGGUCGAUCGGUCCACGUCGUCUUUUUUCUGCUUCCGCAUUAUAUAAGAACGAAACCGGGUCAAUCUCGAUUUUCCUUUAAAGCUAUUUUCGGCUGUGGUUGUUCCUGACAAAUAGUGAAAACAGCCUGCAUUCCUAAUUCGAAUUCCAUUGACGAACAUUGCAAGUCAUAAGAAAGUCAGCAUCCAUCGGGUUCAUCAGCGUAUUCGACUCUUUUCGACAUGUAUUUGUAUAAUUUGACUCUGAAUCCAAGUUCAGCCAUCAAUCAAGCCAUCCAUGGCAACUUUUCCGGCACAAAGCAGCAAGAGCUUAUCGUUGCGCGACAAACGCGCUUGGAACUCUUACGUCCUGACCCAAAUACCGGCAAAGUCCACACUAUCCUUUCUCAUGAAAUGUUUGGUCUGGUUCGCACCAUUGCACCUUUUCGCUUGACGGGUGCAAGUAAAGAUUAUGUGGUGGUCGGUUCGGAUUCAGGUCGUAUCGUUAUUCUAGAGUACAAUCCAGCAAAGAACGUCUUUGAUAAAGUCCACCAGGAAACGUAUGGAAAAACGGGCUGUCGUCGAAUCGUUCCCGGUCAAUACCUCGCGACCGAUCCCAAAGGUCGUGCGGUCAUGAUCGCCGCAGCUGAAAAACAGAAACUCGUGUACAUUUUGAAUCGUGAUUCUGCCGCACGUUUAACCAUUUCGUCGCCUCUCGAAGCUCACAAGAGCCACACCAUUAUUCAUCAUAUUACCGGUUUAGAUGUCGGUUUCGAGAAUCCCACAUUUGCUUGUUUGGAAGUCGAUUACAGCGAUGCGGAUCAGGAUCCCACCGGUGAUGCGGCCAAGAAUGCCGAAAAGCUGUUGACAUACUACGAAUUGGACCUUGGUCUCAAUCACGUAGUUCGUAAAUGGAGUGAACCUGUGCACUUUCAUGCCAAUAUGCUUAUUUCAGUGCCUGGUGGUAACGAUGGUCCGUCCGGUGUGCUCGUAUGCACGGAAAACUUUAUUACGUACAAGCAUCAAGAUAUGCCCGAAGUUCGUAUCCCAAUUCCUCGUCGAGCCCAACCUCUCGAAGAUAGCAGCCGCGGUAUCAUCAUUGUUGCCGCAGCAGUUCAUAAGAUGAAGAUCAACAAGAAGACGCAGUUCUUUUUCCUUAUUCAGUCGGAAGAAGGGGACUUGUACAAGGUGACGAUGGACCAUGCUGAAGGGGUGGUGCAAGGCAUGACCAUCAAAUAUUUUGAUACCAUUCCCGUGGCUACCUCGUUGUGCAUUCUGAAGAGCGGCUUUUUGUUCGCAGCCAAUGAAUUUGGCAAUCAUCAUCAUUAUUCGUUUGAAAAUCUCGGUGACGAUCCUGACGAUCCUGAAAUUUCUUCGGCGGACUACAUGGAAGCUGAAGAAGCCCAAGAUGAAACGCCGCUUGUAUACUUUAAGCCUCGUCCUCUCAAGAACUUGAUGCUUGUGGAUGAGUUGGAAUCGUUGGCGCCCGUGACGGAUGCGAAAGUGCUGAAUUUAGCCGAUGAAGAUACACCGCGUAUUUAUACUCUGUGUGGACGUGGAUCACGAUCCACUUUGCGCAUUUUGAACCAAGGCUUGGAAGCGUCGGAAUUAGCCGUCAGUGAAUUGCCCGGCAACCCCAGCGCAGUGUGGACAACGAAACUUCGACACGAUGACCAAUAUCACGCUUACAUUGUUGUCUCUUUUGCCAAUGCGACGCUUGUUCUUUCCAUUGGCGAGACCGUCGAGGAAGUCACGGAUACAGGAUUUCUGGCCACGGCGCCGACCAUUGAUGUGGUGCAACUCGGUGAGGACGCCUUGAUUCAGGUCUAUCCUCAAGGUAUCCGUCACAUUCGCGCCGAUCGUCGUGUCAAUGAAUGGCGAGCCCCGGCUGGUCAAUCGAUUGUCCAAGCCGCUACCAACAACCGCCAAGUCGUAGUAGCGCUCUCGGAUGGCGAAAUUGUAUAUUUUGAAUUAGACAAUAUGGGCCAAUUGAACGAGCAUCAUGAACGCAAACAAAUGUCAUCGAACAUUACAUGUUUGGCUAUCGGCGAUGUUCCGGAAGGAAGGCAACGAUCGCGUCAUUUGGCAGUGGGCUGCGAUGACCAAACGGUGCGUAUUCUCAGCUUGGAUCCCGAUUCAUGCUUGGAAUCGAUCUCAAUGCAAGCCGUCCAAGGGGUGGCUUCCAGUUUAUGUAUUGCCGAGAUGUUCGAUACUGGUGUGGAACGUGGACACGGUACACAAUACCUGAAUAUUGGUCUGUCCAAUGGUGUACUUUUGCGAACAAUUUUGGAUACAAUUACGGGCCAACUAUCAGAUACACGCACACGAUUUAUUGGUGCCAAAAGCAUUAAAUUAUUCAAGAUUGAAAUCCAGGGCCGACCUGCGGUGCUGGCCUUAUCGAGCAAACCCUGGGUUAGUUACACUUUCCAAAGCCGACUGUAUCUCACUCCGUUGAGUUACGAUAUGCUCGAAUACGGUAGCCCUUUUAUCAGCGAACAAUGCCCUGAUGGUGUCGUAGCCGUCGCAGGCAAUACAUUAAGAAUUUUCACUGUGGAAAAGCUGGGGUCUAUUUUCAAUCAAGUGGCGAUUCCUCUCAAAUACACUCCUCGAAAGUUCGCACUUCACCUGAGCACAAGAACGUUUGUGGUGGUUGAAAGUGAUUAUGCUACAUUUUCACCCGCUGAAAAACAAAAAGAACUUGCCAUCAAGGAGAAAGAAGGUUUUGAAAUUGAUGAGGAUAUUACCAAUUUGGAUCCCCUUCAGUUUGGUCAUGUACGCAAUGCGGCUGGCAAAUGGGCGAGCUGUAUCCGUCUGGUGGAACCUUUCCAGGGAGCGACACUGCAUGAACUGGAAUUGGAAGAAAAUGAAGCGGCUUUUAGUGUGGCCAUGGUCCAGUUUCGAAAUAACCCUCACUCCAAUGAUGCGAGUGAACAAUUUGUGGCGGUGGGAACGGGCAAAGAUGUUCAGUUGGCACCUAAAUCCUGCUCUGGAGGGUUCAUCCAUCUGUAUCGUAUCGUAUCGAAUGAAGCGGGCGGGCUUCAGUUGUCUCUCAUUCACAAGACCCCUGUGGAAGACGUACCAACGGCGUUAUUGGGAUUCCAAGGUCGGUUAUUAGCCGGUAUUGGCAAAGCAUUGCGCAUUUACGACAUUGGACGGAAAAAGAUGUUGCGAAAAUGUGAAAAUAAGUCGAUUCCGAACCAAGUGGUCAGCCUACAUACACAGGGUGACCGUAUCGUUAUGACGGAUAUCCAAGAAUCGGUUCAUUAUGCAGUGUAUAAACAUGCUGACAAUCGCAUUGUUGUGUUUGCGGAUGAUACCACACCUCGAUGGAUGACGGCUUCAGCGAUGAUUGAUUACGACACGAUUGCCGGUGGCGAUAAAUUUGGCAAUUUCUUUGUCGAUCGAUUACCGCAAUCGACAAGUCAAGAUAUUGACGAAGACACGACGGGCAAUCGUAUCUUUUACGAAAAGGGAUAUCUUCACGGCGCUCCUAAUAAGGUUGAUAAUUUAUGUCAUUACUUCACAGGAGACAUCAUUACAUCGCUGCAUCGUACGACAUUAAUAUCAGGAGGGCGAGAGGUUCUAUUGGCGACGAGCUUCCUUGGCGGAAUUUCACUCUAUGUACCAUUCGUAUCCAAGGAAGACGUUGAUUUCUUCCAAAUGCUGGAAAUGCAUAUGCGUGCGGAAGCCCCUCCUCUAGCUGGACGAGAUCAUUUGGCUUAUCGCAGUUUCUACGUACCUGUGAAAUCGGUGGUGGAUGGCGAUCUCUGCGAACAAUUCAAUUUAUUGCCUGCAGAAAAACGAAGAAUGAUUGCCGAUGAAUUGGAUCGAAGCGUGUCCGAAGUACAAAAGAAAAUUGAAGACAUGCGUGUGCGUUCUGGUUUCUAGACAAUGAAUCUCUAACGAUAUUAAAAUGCUUGGGAAAUUAGCGAUCUGUAAAUCACAUGAUCUACAUUAAGUAAUCAGGACCUGUUAAACCUUUUUUUAAUCUUUCAAUCAUGCCUUGCUGCCCACUUUCACGAAAGGCGAAACAAUCAGCAGCAAGAUGCCGUUUGCGCCAGUUGUGGUCAAACAGAGCAUCGUCGUCUUUCAAAUAAAAAUGUGAGUAGAGCUCUU